CUAGACAGCAUGCCACUGGGGCUCCUCACGCUAUGGGAAAGUGAAUGGACCCAAAAUAAAGCAGCCAUAUCUCUUGGCUCCUCUGUACUCCCCAUCGUGUUUCCACAGCUCUGAGCCAGAGACCAGCAACACGGUCGUCCUGUGAACAACAAAACCGUGAUGAAGGCAGCAGGAGUCAGAAUGCUAUUCACGGCAGGAAGCCCCAGCAUCCGGUGAGAAAUAAGAAGUACUAGAGCACAGGAUGCGCCCUGGGUCAGGGGGCCGUAAAAAGCCUGGAGUCUGUAACCUUCUCUGCGCCAGAGCUGUCGUGGCUUUGCAGCAGAGGCACAGCCCUCAGCUCCCCUCAGAGCACAACCGGGUGCCAAGCUCCAAGCUCCAGUGGUGGCUGCUGUCAUUGUGGGGGAGUCUAGCCUCUCCCAGAAGAAGACACAGCAGGAUGGCCACCUCAACAGCUUUGCUGCUGCUGCUGCUGCCGCUCCUGGGCCAGCCCCGGGCAGAGGCUGCUGCUGAUUCAGAGGCUGUCGUAUGCCAGGGGACUGCCUGCUAUACUGCCCACUGGGGCAAGCUGAGCGCCGCCGAAGCCCAGCAUCGCUGCAAUGAGAACGGGGGCAAUCUAGCCACGGUGAAGAGCGAGGAGGAGGCCCGGAACAUCCAGCAAGCCCUGGCUCAGCUCUUGAAGACCAAGGAAGCCUUGGAAGCCAAGAUGGGCAAAUUCUGGAUCGGGCUCCAGCGAGAGAAGGGCAAGUGUACGUACCAUGAUUUGCCAAUGAAGGGCUUCAGCUGGGUGGGUGGUGGAGAGGACACAGCUUAUUCAAACUGGUACAAAGAGAGCAAGAGAUCCUGUACCUCUAAGCGCUGUGUGUCCCUGAUACUGGACCUGUCCUUGACACCUCACCCUAGUCACCUCCCCAAGUGGUAUGAGAGCCCCUGUGGGACUCCUGAUGAUCCAGGUAAAAACAUAGAAGGUUUCCUGUGCAAGUUCAACUUCAAAGGCAUGUGCAGUCCCCUCGCCCUGGGUGGUCCAGGGCAGGUGACUUAUACCACCCCUUUCCAGGCCACCACCUCCUCCCUGGAGGCUGUGCCUUUUGCCUCUGCUGCCAAAGUAGCCUGUGGGGAUAAGGCUGAGAAUAAGAUCCGUUAUUUCAUAUGCAAUGAAAAGACUCCAGGUAUAUUCCAUUGGGGCAGCUCAGGCCCCCUCUGUGUCAGCCCGGAGUUUGGCUGCAGUUUCAACAAUGGGGGCUGUCAGCAGGACUGCUUCGAAGGUGGGGAUGGCUCCUUCCGCUGUGGCUGCCGGCCUGGCUUUCGGCUGCUGGACGACUUAGUAACUUGUGCUUCUCGGAACCCCUGUAGCUCCGAUCCAUGCACAGGAGGGGGCACCUGUCACCCUGUACCCCUCAGCGAAAACUACACAUGCCAGUGUCCAAAUGGCUACCAGCUGGACUCUAGCCAAGUACACUGUGUGGAUAUAGAUGAGUGCCAGGACUCCCCCUGUGCCCAGGGAUGUAUCAACACUCCCGGAGGCUUCCAGUGUGAAUGUUGGGUGGGCUACCAAUCCAGUGGCCCCAAAGCGGAGGUCUGCGAGGAUGUGGAUGAAUGCGCCCACUCGCCCUGUGCCCAUGACUGUGUCAACACCGUUGGCUCUUUCCACUGCUCCUGUAAAGAUGGCUAUGCCUUGUCUGGGGAAGACAGUACCCAAUGUGAGGAUAUAGACGAGUGUUUGAACUCCAGCAGCAAUCCAUGUGACACCUUUUGCUUCAACUCGGAGGGUUCCUUCAGCUGUGGCUGCCUGCCAGGCUGGGAGCUAGCUCCCAAUGGAGUCUCUUGUAUCAAGGGCAUUGAAUUUUUAGAACCACCAACGAAAUCUCCCCAAAAGGAAGGCAAAGGUGAUAGAAAGGGAAGUACUGUGCCUCCUUCUGAAAUGCCCAGUUCUUCCAGAGGCUCCGAGAACGUCUCCAAGGGAGGACACACCACAGAUCAUCUCUCCCUCCCAUCAGAUACUCCCAAUGUCUCUGUUCCACCAAAAAUAUCAGUCCCUAGUGAGGCAUCUGAUGUCUGGAUGGAGUUGAGUACACACCUCCCCACGGCCACUGGCCACAGCAAGCCCACACAUGAAGAUUCUGUGGCGGCGCACAGUGACAGCGACACCGAUGGGCAGAAGCUGCUUCUGUUCUACAUCCUGGGCACUGUGGUGGCCAUCUCACUCUUGCUGGCUCUGGCCUUAGGGCUUCUCAUUUAUCGUAAACGGAGAGCCAAGAAGGAGGAGAUAAAAGAGAAGAAGCCCCAGAAUGCAGCUGACAGCUAUUCCUGGGUUCCAGAGCGAGCCGAGAGCCGAGCCCUGGAGAAUCAGUACAGCCCAGCACCUGGGACAGACUGCUGAAGACAAUGUGGCCAUGGAAACACAGCCAGCUGCCACUACUUUCAGAACUUUCCACUCCCGGAUGAGGGGGAGACCUACAUCAUUCUGAAAGACUGGACUGGACUCUCAGCAAAGAAUGUGCACUGUCCCCUUAAGAGGCUGGUGACAUGGGAUGGGCAGGUAUUCUCCAGCUGCAUUUGCUAUGUCUGGGCCUGAAAACUGUGUGUUGGUUUGUCUUUGUGGGGAGUUUUGUGGAUAUUGACAAGCCUCACUCACAUAACCCUUUCAAAUCCAAAAUCAACUGAUUUAAUGUGUUCUUCUGGUUCCCGAUGAUCAGGACUUGAGGAGUCACAAGGGUGGGGCAAGUGGGGUGGGAGGGCUUCAAAGACUUUUCUUAUCUCUUCAUUCAUCAGAGAAGAAAAGGAGCUACUGGUGCUAAUUAGGAUGGAAACAAUUCCUUUUCCUUCGUAGGGUAGAGAACAAAACCAUUUAAUUAUUUAACUGUGUGAGAAGAAGGCUCUACCCUUCCUAUGCGGGACUUUUUCAGGAUGGCUGCCUUUGUAUACAUUUGCCCUCUGGCAUUUCCCCUUAAUCCCCCUCAGUAUUGUUGAAACUGUCAGAAUGAGAGGAAGUUCAACCAACUGCUUAGGGAGCAAGCAGGCAGGAUGUUUAGACAUCCUACCCCCUCAUUCUUAACUUUCUGAUGGUCUUGGGCUUAUGGGCAAGUACAGCUGGGAACUGGAAAGUUACUUCAAGUGAGUGAGAGGCCUUGGUAACAGCAUAAUCCAGGGGGAAGCAGCAGGGAUUAGGUUAACAGAUAUUCGAACUAAAUUUUCUGAAUGGACUGAUAUUAACACACACUUGACUACUGAGAAACAAUAAUAAAACCCCAGGAACAAUUUGUCUUUGAGCCAGCACAGGCCCCCAACCCCACUUCAGGGUACCCUGUCUCCCCUCACCCCAUCCCUAACUGGGAAGCUUGGAUAGGGGGGCUUUUCUUCUGACUGUAAGGAAAAGAUGUGUGAACCAGGUGAUGGGCUUUGCUUUGGACACUGUCACUUAAAUGGAACUUAACCCAAUUCACAGUUAAGAGUGCACCUGGAGGACUUUAGCCCUGUUUUGUGGGUGUGGCACACAUCAAACCAAGGACUAGUCACACAGAAGGUUCUCUCUGUUUGCUUAAAAAAACGGAGAUACAGAGGAAAGGGGAAGGGAAAGAGAGAGCAGUGAGGCUAUUUUCCAACCGUUAAAACUGCUUAGAGCCAUUUUAUGAUUGACAUGUUUAUUUCAAAGUGUACAUUUGCAAAAGUGUGCCUUAAGCUUGUUGCUGCUGGAGAUGUUCCAGUUACACUGGUAUGUCUGGGUCCUAUAAGGCAGCCCUGGUGAGUCACUUCAGCAUCUCUGGGAAGCCUUCAGUAUCAUGGAGGUUUUUUUUUUUUUUUUUUUUUUUUUUUUUUUUUUUUUUUCUGCCUCUGACAUUUGGAAAGUUGAGACAUGGAAAGUGUCUCCAUCAUGGGAUCCAGAGUCUUUGUUCUCAGAUCAGGAUGCCCUUUCAAUUCUGGUUUCAAAUGCAUCCAUCCUUCAAAUUGAUCUGGGGAGUGAAGAUGAAUAAUGGCCACAUUCAAGGCCUAUGGAGUUAAGGAAAUAUCUUAAAAAAUAAAAACAAGACAAAACUCUCUCACACAUGCAAACUCAAGUUGAAGAAUGAUGGGAGAAAGACAGAGCUCAGUGGGGUGCCUGAAAUCUGUGCAUUUAAAAAUCAGCUCACCAUCUGGCUUUCACUUGGAACUUGGGUGUUUAAAACCUAAGGGAGAUCAAAGCUAUAUCUAAUUGGCAAGAAACUUCAUUGGCCCUAGGACCUCUGGUAAUAGUUGAGACUGGCAGCCAGUCCUUUACAGAGACCAGCACCCACCAUGCAGAUAAUUUUAGAUAAAUGGCAGUAUCUGUACAUACAGACAUGAACCCAAAUACAGCACUUUCGCCUCCAGGCCUUCCACUGCUCACUCUUAUGGCUUGAGGUGAGAAAGAUAAACUAAGUCUAGGUUCCCAAUAGCCUUGCCUGGUCUAGGCUCAGACUGCUGUGUGGGGACUUAAACUAACGAAGACCACUUAGGGUAUAGACAUGAAACCCUAUCCCCAACACCCUCAAGGGCACUGGAUCCUCGAUGUGAGGACUCCCAGAGAGGAAGAGGUUAAUGAACAUAUUGCCUCAAAGUGUGCUUUCAGCAUCAGUCCCACCCAUGGAGGCAGAGCUCUCUCAUCUACUGACCUGGCACAGCCUUGUGCACAACCAUACCUCGAGUGUCCAGGCCAAUGAAGCCACUCUCUGCUCCUAAACAGGUGCUUCAUUCUCCCUUCUACCUUUUUGCUGUCGUGAUGUUUGAGACUGGAAAAUUUGGGGUUAGAGCAUCUAAGAGGCGAAGCAGUAGAUAAGUGGACUUCCACUGGCCCCCAUCACCCAAGAAAUCAGUGAGCAAGGACAAAACAAUCCCCUGCCUAUGAGGAUGAGAGAAGAGUCUGCUUGGCAACAGAAUUUUCCUAAGUCCAUACUUGGAAAAACUGUAUUUAGAACCAACUCAUCUCCUCCCAUUCUUCAUUUUCCAAAAAAUUCCAGAGAAUUUAGGGGCCAUGCCUUCAAGCCUUCAGCCCUCUCAUUCCUUAAUUUCAGGUGACCAUCAUUCAUUCCUUUUUGUCUUUUAUGUGGUGCUGGUGAUGGAAGCCAGUGCUGUAAGUAUGCUAGACAUGUGCUUUCCAGGAGCUAUACCCCAGCUACAUAAUUAUUUUUUGUUCAUUAAUAAAGAUAAGUGAUAUAAUACCCCCCCCCAGUAAUAUGAAGAGCUUAGAAAAUGAACUACUCAGAAAAAAAUGCCUUGGGAGUGACUCCUGAAUGCUAUCUGUAAAGGAAAUCUUGCCCGCGUUUUCCCUGCUAUCUAGCUAGCAUGGCUCUGAUGCAAACCCAGAUAUAUCCAUCUUCUGGCUUUGGUGACCCAUACAUCUGUACCAUGACCAUCACUAUCACCAUCAUCAUAGCCACUUCAUAGCACUGUGCAUUCUCAUGGCAUUUUCUCAGUGACAGUAACUGGAUGAAUCCCACCUGGCUCUGACUGAGAGCAAAAAGGCCAGAAAGAAAAGAAGCAGGAGGCACCCACUGCUUUCUUUCAGGCUCUUACCCAGGGACAAGCUAGCAAAGCUCUGGGAAGGCCUAUUCUGACACUUUCCCCAGAAUGGUGGGGAAUGUGGAGUGAAAUUCAAACAUUUCUGAGUGUGGGGUUAUGUUCACUGUGCCGGGCAAACUGCUUAGGAAAUGAAUUCUUUUUCUCCUCAUGAAGUUUUCAACCUCUUUGAGCUCCUAACCAUGAGCCCUUCUGCGGACUCUUCUCACCAACCAAACUUUCAAUAGGUAGAUGGGAUCAUUAGGUCUUUUUGUUCUAAUCCUCUUUUCCUAUAAAUAUUUCUGCCAAAACUAAAGGAACAGAGAUGAGAUUUGACCCAAAAAAGGAAAAAAAGAUUACUCCAUUCAAAAUAACACAAAAUUUUAAAGCAAAUAUAGGAAAGCCUUUUCCUAUUAUUUUUCUUCUUAGUUUCCCCAUUGUCUGAAUCAGGAAAACAGGAAAGCGUUGCUUUCUAGCACCUGCAAAAUGGCUUAAUGCCCUGCAUAUUUCCAUGUCCUUCAACAAUAGAUUUAGCAUGGGAAUCUGAGAUAGGCGUCCUGAAAACAUCUGUCCAUUCCCUGGCUCUCAAACCCAGGUCUUGACUGUGUGUGGUUUGUGAAACCUAUCAACCAAAACAGAGGGACAGACACACCUCAAUCCUCCAUGAGUUCAUCAACCAGACACCCUGAUGACCCCUCACCCAAGAGCUUGUUGAAAACGGCAUCACGUGGCCUAUUCUCGACAAUACCCAUCUAUUUCAGUUGUUAACUCUGGACUUUCCAUCCUUCCUAUCGUACCUGAAGUGUGGCAAGGGGCCCCUUUCUGCAGUUUUAACCUGCUAUCCCCCCCGGGUUGAAGUUCAUUGGCAGACGGGGGUUAAGCUUGAAUUGUGUGGUGGUCAGUGUUGUUCUCUGUUGUCAGUGGGCUAUCAUAAAUGUUAGUCAUCACACCUUGAUCCCUCAGUGAGAAUGUAAGUAUUUUAAAAUACAUGAAUCAAAUCAUUUUUCUGGCUCCUGAAACUAUGGAAUGUUCAGACAGAAGUGACUUUAAUGAGUGUUUACCAGGCUGUAGGGAGGAAAGGAUCACAGGGUACAUGUCUUCUUAGACCUACAAGACAACAUUCUGAAGGGAGGCUCAGGGUCCCCUUCAAGAAGUUGUAGCUUUGUCAAUCUUUGGGCUUCCUGUUAUGUACCUGUCCUAAUAAACUCUGAAAAAUAUU